GCGAAAGGGACCAAAGCUAGAACGGAGACUCCUGUUGCUUUGCUAAAGAUUGUGCCAUGGAUCAAGACUACGAGAGUCGACUGUUACGACAGAUAAACAUCCAGAAUGACAACUCCAGUCCUCUCAAAGUCAUGCGUACAUUGACGCCCACAAAUUCUCCAUUGUCCUCACCAAGUAAACAUGGAGACAGGUUCAUACCCUCUCGAGCUGGAGCCAACUGGAGCGUCAAUUUCCACCGCAUCAAUGAGAACGAAAAGUCACACAAUCAAAACAGGAAAGCAAAAGACGGCACGUCUGACAACAGUAAAGCAGAUGGACUGGCCUACUCAGCCCUACUGAAGAACGAGUUGCUGGGGGCAGGUAUAGAAAAGGUGCAGGAUCCACAGACAGAGGACCGCAGGCUACAGCCCUCCACACCAGAGAAGAGGAGCCUCUUCAGUUAUUCUGUCAGUGCCAAACGCUCGCUUCCCGAUGAUGGAAACAGUGUUUCACCUUACUCGUUAUCACCUGUUAGCAGCAACAGUCAGAAGCUCUUGCGGUCACCACGGAAACCUACCCGCAAGAUUUCUAAGAUUCCAUUUAAGGUGCUCGAUGCUCCAGAGCUACAGGAUGACUUCUACCUGAACCUGGUCGACUGGUCGUCCUUAAAUGUCCUCAGCGUGGGUCUGGGGACUUGUGUUUACCUGUGGAGUGCCUGUACCAGCCAGGUAACACGGUUGUGUGAUCUCUCGGUUGAAGGCGACUCUGUGACGUCGGUGGGCUGGUCAGAAAGGGGCAAUUUGGUGGCAGUUGGGACACAUAAAGGCUUCGUUCAGAUCUGGGAUGCGGCUGCAGGGAAAAAGCUGUCUGUGUUGGAGGGUCACACAGCACGAGUGGGCGCACUGGCGUGGAAUGUGGAUCAGCUGUCGUCGGGGAGUCGGGACAGGCUCAUUCUACAACGGGACAUCCGGGCGCCACCGCUACAGUCUGAACGCCGGCUGCAGGGUCACAGACAAGAAGUGUGCGGACUGAAGUGGAGCACGGACCAUCAGCUUCUCGCCUCUGGAGGCAACGACAACAAGUUGCUGGUGUGGAAUCACUCGAGCGUGUUGCCAGUGCAGCAGUACACAGAACACUUGGCCGCGGUGAAGGCCAUCGCCUGGUCUCCUCACCAGCACGGGCUGUUGGCGUCUGGAGGAGGCACGGCAGACCGCUGCAUCCGCUUUUGGAACACGUUGACGGGCCAGCCGCUGCAGUGUACUGACACAGGCUCACAGGUCUGCAACCUGGCCUGGUCCAAACACACCAACGAACUGGUAAGCACACAUGGUUACUCUCAGAACCAGAUCCUGGUGUGGAAGUACCCGUCCCUAACUCAGGUUGCCAAACUCACUGGACAUUCCUAUAGGGUACUCUACUUGGCCAUGUCUCCUGACGGUGAAGCCAUUGUGACAGGAGCAGGAGAUGAGACGCUACGCUUCUGGAACGUCUUCAGCAAAAUGAGGUCUACUAAGGAGUCUAUAUCAGUUUUGAACCUGUUCACCAGGAUCCGGUAAUGUUUGUCCAUAUACUGAGGGACUGGAGUUAGCAGACUCUCAUAGGAAUACACACUGAUAAUCAAACAAUCUUAACAAACCUGUGUGACUGACAACGCGAGACCACCACCCCUUCCUUUGGUGCUGUACCAUACCAUAAAAAGGAAAUGGGGAGAGGGGAACUCUGGGAAAUGUGUCCCCUAAUGUUUGGUUUUGUUUACAGUGAGAUUUGUGCAUUACUGCCAAAUACUGACUUUGUCUUUCUGAAUGUUAUUCUUUGGUAUGUCACCAUCGUGCUUCUCUCGCUGUCUCGAGAUUUAAUUUGUUUGUUUGUUUGUGGAGAAUGAUCCAUUGGUUUCUUUUAACUUGCGUUGUGACCAUCAGCCUUAACUAAUGUGUAUGGUAAAUGGAAAUGUCAUCGUUUGGUUUUGAAAAAUGACUUGAUUAAUUAUUUAUUUGCCUUAUAGAGCCCUUUUUAAGUUUAGUCUUAGGACAUCUUAUGUGUUGUCUCUAGUUUUGUUUGACCAGUAUGACAAGUUUUGUUUGUUCUUUUAUUUACCUUUCAGAGGAUAAUCAGUAAUAACGUAAAAUGUGCUCUAAUUAUCUGUGAGCGAAUGACCCCAAAAUUACAGCUCAUAGUUGUAACACAUCAGAAAACACAUAUGGUGCAAUUGUAGCUAUUAUUUGAAGUAUUUAUUUAUCUCUCAGAAAAAAACAAAGUUUUAUCUCACUUGGACUUGCUCAUAUCAAAAUGAUGGACUCUAAAGAAACAGAUUUAAUCAGUAUUUGUUCCUCAUUCCUCAGCCAGAAUGAAUUAGAAUAGUAUAAAAGUAGCAUAGUUGGAACAGAGCAGAAGAAUGAUUGGAGCCUGGGGUAGAAAGCAGUAUAAAAAAAAAAAAAAACAAUGGAGGAUAUCGGAAAAAUUUCUGCUGUAGUUUUAAGAAGCCUUAGUUAUCUGUUUGAGAUGUUACACAGAACUGCAUGUUCUCAUGGUUUCUUUGCCAGUUACUGUGUUUCUCUCAUUGGCUCGUAUGGCUGACCAGUGAAGCUGAACUGUAGUAUAAACCAGAGGGAAGCAAAUCAGAAAAGAAAACCAGUAUAAAGCACAAUCUGUCAGUCAGCUGAGUCUUGUCACUUCUCACUUGUGCCAUCUUAAUUACAAUAGCUGGGGAAAGGUUUAUGAAUAGGGUCCUAACUAUCAAAACCCCAGUUGGCUUCUGGGCUUAUGAUGCAACCUUUAGUCCUUGGCCCUUGUUUUAUCCUUGAGCUGUUUGUUCAGUUAUUUUGUGUAAAACAAAAUUUUGUUUUUGUUUCAUUUUGAUCGCUGACUUGUUUCUACGUUCACUUGUUGUGUCUGGAAUGUAAGAUUGUACCACUUGGAAUGAAUGCUAUUUAUUUGAGGUGUGCGACAGUAUUGAGUUGAAUGAGUCAUUAAUGUCUGUUAAAUCUCCACUGUUCCCCUUGACAUCGUUUCAUUUAUAAAAGGAAAAACAAAAUCUAAGUUUGAGCAGCUUAAAGAAUGUUAUCAAAGAGGAGA